AUGUCAUCAUUGAUUCCAAUAGGAACAUCGGUUUUGGCGAAAUGGCCGUCGACAUCAAAUUAUUAUAAAGCUCGGAUUAUCGAUUACACCGAUGAGAAUCUAUAUGUUUGUCAAUUUUUGGAUGAGAGCAUCAUUGCUUUACCAGCGAAAUAUGUUGAUUUACCAGAGAAAUUCCAACGAACGUCGAAAAAACUUAGUUUAAUGCGUAGUGAACAAAUGUUUUUCGAUCGUUCGAUAUCCUUUUCAUCGAUGAUUAUCUCACUUGGAUGGAUAGCAAUGUUUCUAUAUGUCCAACAUUGGUUUCACUAUCAUUUAGAGAAUCAAACUCGAUCGCAACAAUAUCCGCUUGUAGUCAUUCAAUAUUUUGCCGUUUGGUUUUCAUUACAACUCGUUUUCGCUCGAUAUUUACCACAUCUAAGUGCAGAAAAAGUCGUCUAUAUCAAAGAAUCUCAACCGAGUAUUUAUUACCAACAUCGUUCGAAUAGUUUAUUCGCCUAUGUUGGCACUUGUUUACUAAUGUAUGUCUUUCGCGAGAAUAUUCCGUUACGGGAAUUAACGAAAUCGUAUUACUUAUUGACCUUGUUCAGUCUGGGCUUUGCGCUGACUUUAAGUCUCAUUUUAUUAACAAAUAAACUUUAUUCUCGCUAUUGUUCAAUUCGGAUCGAUGAACAUGAACAACAUCAAAAACAAACAUAUUUUGAUUAUCAUCUGUUUCUUGCAAUUCGUCCCGGUAUUCUCCUUUGGCCCGCAUUGAAUUUCCUUCUUUUACUAACCAUUCUGAAAUACAACCGUCAAGUAUCUGUUCGUUUUGCACUUUCGAUUCUGCUUCAAACUAUCUAUAUUGUCAAUGUGUUUAUAAACGAAACUUCAAUGAUACGUCAAUCAUUAGAAAUAUCACCUCCGUCGUCGUUCGAUGCGAUUUUCACAAAUCUCUGUUGGGUACCAUUCAUGGCUACAUUGACUUCAUUUUACAUUGGGAAAAGUCAUCGACCUGUACAUGUUUACAUUCUUAUCCUAUCGGUGAUUUUCUUCGCGUUUGGUUUCUUAUUGCAACGCCUUGCAAUACGUCAGCGCAUUGCAUUUCAAGCGAUGAACAGCCCUACGCAAUUCGAUUCAGUUAUGAUGAAUAACACUCAACGAAUUCUCACCAGUGGAUGUUGGCGAUGGUGUCGCAAUCCUCAUCUUUUAGCUGAAAUAUUCAUGGUCAUUGGUUGGACACUCCCCGCAGGCAUUUACCAUCCAGCGCCAUGGCUCUACGCAGUCUAUAUUAUCGGUAUGGCUAUUUAUAAAGCACAUUAUUUCGAUCGUACACUUCGAAAGACAUGCAGCGAUGAAGCUUAUAAGGAAUAUGUUGCAAAUGUGAAAUAUACACUUGUUCCUUAUGUCUAUUGA